GCAGCGGAGAGCUAUUGGAGUGUCACAAAAGGUGGGAGAGAGAGAGAGAGCAGGGAGAGAAAAGCGCUCACAAAAACAUUACGCGACAGUACUAGGACGACCUGAGAGGAUAUUUCAAAAAGACGGGGGAAAUGAGGAUGUAAAGCAAACUAAGUCUGGAAGAUAACAUUACCUCAAGAGAAAAAGAUAUGAGGAAAUCACUGCUGGUUCUUCUGAUAGCGCUUGUGUUACCGACGCUCUCUAUUCAAGAUAAAGACAAACAGCGGCAGCGAAAUGCCAAGACCAACUCCAGCAACUGCCCCCUCCACCCGAGAACCUUCAAUGGGCGCAGGAUGACCUCCGGCUCCAGUGGGCACCACAACAACAACAACUGCACGGGGGGCAGCAAUGCCAGCCAAGCACCGGAGCUGGAGGUGGAGUACCAGCAUGCCAAGGACUACCUGACGGGCAUGGUGAGCACCAGGCUGCUUCCUGCAGCCUAUCUGCUGGCCAUGGCGGUGGGCAUCCCUUGUAACAUGUUUAUCUUGGCGUGCCUGAGCGGGCGCACCAAGACCUGCUCUGGCGCGGUGCUCUACCUCAGCCUGGCCGCCUCAGACCUGCUCCUGCUGCUGACGCUGACUCUGCGCGUGCACUACCACUUCCUGGGCAACAACUGGGUGUUCGGCGAGGUGGCCUGCCGCGUCACCACCGCCUGCUUCUAUGGCAACGUGUACUGCUCGGUGCUGGCGCUCAUGUCCAUCAGUGUGAUGCGCUACCUGGCGGUGGCGAGGCCCUUCCUCUACAAGGCGCUGCCCAAGCGCUGCUGCACCCUGGUGGCCGUCGUCGCCAUGUGGCUGGCGUGCGGCUUCGCCAUGGUGCCCGAGCUGCUGGUGCGCCACACCUACCGGCUGCCCCAGCUGGGCAUCACCACCUGCCACGACGUGCUGCCCUACGACGAGGAGGCCUACGCCUUCCUGGUGCCCUACCGGCUAGGCAUGAUCGUGCUGGGCAUGGCGCUGCCCGCCGUGGUCGUGGCGUUCUCCUACGGGUCGAUUGUGCACCACUUGGGCCGCUCCAGCUGCGACUGGUCGCUGUACGUGCGCGCCAGCAGCAUCAUCUUUGUCAUCUUUGUUCUGAGCUUCACGCCCAGCGCCGUGGUGCACCUCCUGCACUACAUCAAGCUCUACACCACCCAGCAGGACCACUUCUACGCCCUCUUCAACGUCUGCGUCUGCCUGUGCUGCUUCCACAGCUGCCUGGACCCCGUGCUCUCCUACGUCCUGUCCCGGACCACCAACUCCAGCCUGCACUUUGUCAGCUUCAGGAAGAAGCCCGCCGAGUUGGCCGUCUUUGUGUGACCCUUGGUGGGGGAAGAUUACCCUCAGGGACAUUAGUUCUAAUGUUUGGCUUUCAAGUGCGGAUGCAGUGGGUGGGCCAACAUGACCACUUGUCUUGGACAACAUGCGUCUGGGCUGUGGAACCCCGUGUUCUUGGCUAUUGUAGGAAACCAAAACAAGCCACACAACAAACAAGUACAGACGACGUCAAGAACAAAAUGACUGCUUCUGUUUGGGCUUGAUAAAAUAGUUCAUCCAACUCAGCAUAGCGAUAUACUGCCAGAGGACAGCGUGGCUCGGUACUUUUAUGAAGAGACAGGUUUAAGCAAGCACACAGUGUAAGGCUCUCAGCCUUAAAUCCUUCUGUCAACAUUCCUUGAACUGUAAUUAGCUGUCCAGCUAGUACCUUAGGGUGAGUGUUCUCAUCUGGCUCUUUAAAUGUAAUGAAUAGGUGUACAUUACUAUUGUAAAUAUGUCAAUCUCCUGUAGUGAGCUGUCUUUUAUAGUGUGUGUGUGUGUGUGUGUGUGUGUGUGUGUGUGUGUGUGUGUGUGUGUGUGUGUGU